CCUAGUAAAAUAAAGGUAAAAAAAAACAGACAAUGCUGUUACUCUGAAUUCUGUUUUGUAGUCUGUAUGCAAAUAUUCAAACUUCCUCUGUCAUAUACAGGUCUUCAAUAGACAGGGAGUGACACAGAGUUAUUACACAGACAGGACCUCAGCACCAGUCUACAGUAAAUACACAAUGUGGGUCUUGUUGCUCUUAAUUGUGACUGUAACCUCAAUAGUCUCGGGACCUUCUUGUUCAGUCAACAACAAUCCUCGUCAUAUUUAUGUCCCUGGGGACAUUGUUGUGGGUGGACUUUUUCCUGUUUACCUGCAGGUGAAAACUAAUGGAUCCACGAUUCCUCCGCAAAAGACAUGCAUUGAUUACGACGUGCAGAUGUUUCUCCGAUCGCAAGUGAUGAUUUAUGCCAUCCAAGAGAUAAACAGGUCUCAGAUGUUGCCCAAUGUGAGUGUCGGAUACGAAAUAUACGACACCUGUGGGGAUGUAACAAAUGCCAUCAGAGCAACACUGAGCAUGAUGGAGGACAUCCAGGGGCAGGGGGUGGAGCCUAAUGUAACCACACCACAUGUUAAAGUGGUAAUUGGGGAGAGGUAUUCGGAGAAGUCAAUAGCUGUUGCCCGUCUACUAGCUCUACCUUUAGUGGCUCAGAUCAGUUAUUCAUCAACAAGUGAGUUGCUCAGUAGGAAGUGCAAGUUCCCCUCGUUUCUGCGAACGGUCUCCAGUGAUGAGCAUCAGACCAUUGCGAUCGCUGAGUUGGUGAAGCAUCUCGCCUGGGAGAGCGUGGGAGUGAUAGGCAGUGACGAUGAGUUCGGCAAGUAUGGCGCCGAGAGGCUGAUCGAUCACUUCAAUGACAGGAAACUGUGUGUGGACUUCAAGGAGAUCCUAUCAGCAAACUUUUUACUCAACGAGACCAGAACACAAACAGAAUUGGCCAUGCUCAUGUCAAAGAUUCGCAAUUCGUCUGCCGAGGCCAUUGUCAUUUUCACAGCUGAAUUGAAUGUUAGGAUCAUCCUCAAAGAGGUCCUUAGAAUGGGGAUCAGCAGAAUUUGGAUUGCAUGUGACACUUGGGCCACCAACAAGGAGCUUUCUGAAAUGGCCGAUAUUCAAAAGGUUGGGAGGGUAUUUGGAUUCAUUCCAAAGAGAAACAAGGUGCCGGGUUUUCAUGAGUACGUCCGUGACUCUAUGUUCCAAAGUAAAGCCCAUAACAGCUUUAUCCAUGAAUUUAUGUGUCAUUAUCCUCCAUGUCCCGAUUCCUUGGUAGAUGAAAGUGUGCUGAACUGUACAUUACCCGACACCAAAUCCCAGUCGGAGAGUGGUGGAAGGACAUGCCUGGACAGAAGGUGCUUAUUGAAGUACAUUGACGAGGAUGAGUCUUAUUACAUCUAUCUAGCGGUCAAAGUCAUUGCUCAGGGGCUGAGAAGCCUGCUGAACUGCGACAAUGUAAGGUGUAAACGAAAUGCCAGUUUUGCUGUUUGGGAGCUUCUUGAGGAACUCAAGCGGGUUAACUUCAUAGUGGACAAUACCACACACAUAGCUUUCAAUGAAGAUGGUGACCCUACUACAGGAUAUGACAUCGUAGAGUGGAACAUGUCGGUUUCAGAAAAUCGGAUAAUAACCGUCGGAGUGUAUAGGCCUGAUGAACCCAUCCGCAUCAGAGAGCAUCUCAUCAGAGAGUUCGAAAAUGUUACAGUGACUUUUGCCAACUGCUGUAAGACAUGUAAUCCGGGAUAUGAGUUCAUUACAAAGAUAAACUCAUGCUGCAAGGAGUGUUCUCUUUGCAGUCGUGGAUACAUUUCUACCGGAGGUGGUAAGAAGUGCGUGGCCUGUCAUCCACAAAGUGAGUACACAUCCUCAGAUAUGGACAGAUGUUUGAUGAAAACCAUUGAGUACCUGGGGUGGACUGACGCUUUCACCACUGUUCUGGUCUCAUUUGAUGUCUUGGGGAUUGUUGUCAGCCUUCUGGUGGCCAUUUUGUUUGCUGUGGAUCGAAGAACACCCAUAGUGAAAUCCACUGGAGGCUACCUCAGCUUCCUGGAGCUGCUGUCCCUGCUGGCCUGCUUCUGCUGUAUCAUUAUGUUCCUGGGGGAGCCAACAAAGACCACCUGCAUGGCGGGUCUCCCACUCUUUGGCAUGGCCUUCACUGUCUGCGUCUCCUGCAUCCUGGCCAACCUGCUCCAGAUCUUUGUGGGCUUCACUUUCGAUUUGAGGGUUACAGUCGGCGACACACUGAAGCGCCUCAACCGACCCAUCGCCGUGGUAACGUGCUGCUCGGCGGUCCAGGUGGCCGUGUGCGUGGUGUGGCUGACCUACGCCCCACCGUUCAUAGUCGAAAGCAGCAGGUUCGACGAGGCCACCAUCCUUCUGGAGUGCAACAAAGGUUCCAAGAUGCUCUUUGGCGCCAUGUUGACUUACAUUGCCCUGCUGGCAGUGGUCUGCUUCCUGUUUGCGUUCAAAGGGAAGCAGUUGCCAGAUUUGUAUAAGAACGCCAGUUUUGUCUCCAUCAGCAUGAUGAUUUUCCUGGUGGUUUGGAUCGUCUUCAUCCCUGUCUACAUCAACAUGUCGGGGAAGUACCAGCGGGCCAUCGAGGCGGCGGCCAUCUUGGUGUCCAAUUACAGCGUCCUCUGUUGUCACUUUGCUCCCAAGUGCUACAUCAUGCUCUUCAGGAAAGAGCUCAACAACGAGAAUGCCAUCACAAAUUACAUCCGGAAACACUAUGAAAAGAAGGGCAUGGCUGUUGUCGGCAAAUAGUUUGUUGAUAGUAGCGAUACGAGGUAUUUGAGGCAGAUAUGUACAUGAAGGUAGGGUAAAGUGACUAGGCAUAAGGAUAGAUAAUAACAAGGUAUUUGAGGUAGAUACGUACAUGAAGGCAGGGUAAAGUGA